UAAAAUAAAUGUUUUAUGACUACCAACUUAAAUAUAAAUUCAAAAAAUAUGUCACUUCAUUAAAUUAUUGUAUCUGUCACUUUUGCAAGACAAGCACAACAUUUCAUUAUGUCAUUGGACGGUCAAACAGAAAUGUCUCGCCUUUAUAAAUUAGCUCAAACAUUUAACUGCUUCUAUUUGUCAGGGUUGAAAUCUCCUGAUUGUAAGCCUUUCUUCGUGGAGGGCUAUCAAGUUGGAUUAGUAAGGCCGGAUGUUAUGAAGCAGCUACUGAAAUACCCAGAGGUAUUUUUGGUAGGUUCUUAUGGUGUUGAGCUGAAUCCAGCAUUUAGAGAUUAUGAAGAGAGAAGCGAUCAAAUAGACAAAGUCUUAAGAGAAUUAAGGGCUGAAAAUGUCUUCAUAGCUUUGAAGGGUUGGAGAGAUGAGUGUUUCGAGGUAAAAACUGAUUUCCUUUCUAAGAGCCUAUUAAAAAUGGAUAGAUGUGCUACGUGCCUAUUUGGAAUUAGAAAUUAUGGAGUAGAUAUUAAUGGAUAUGUCAGGCAUCCAGUUUUAGGACUUUGUCUCUGGUUCCAAAAAAGAUCACCUACAAAACAGACAUGGCCCGGAAAAUGGGAUAAUAUGGUGGGUGGUGGCCUCUCUGUAGGCCAUGGUAUAUUAGAGACUGCACACAAGGAAGCCAUGGAAGAAGCAUCUGUACCAUUACAUCUUUUAAAUAAUUUAAUUAGCGCGGGCUGUGUAUCGUUUUUCUUCGAAUCAGAACGAGGCCUCUUCCCGAACACUGAAUUCGUGUUCGAUUUGGAACUUCCAGUAGACUUCGUGCCCGUCAACGCCGAUGGUGAAGUUGAAACGUUCGAGUUGCUUCCCGCCAAAGAAUGUCUGGAGAAAAUACUCACUGCCGAUUUCAAGACAACGAGCACGCCCGUGGCACUAGACUUUCUCAUUAGGCAUGGACUUGUUACACCUGAAAAUGAGAAAGAAUACCUCAAAAUCAUAGAACUUCUUCAUGUGCCACUUCAAUCAAUAUAUGGUACUUGCAAUAUCCCAAUUAAUACAAAUAUAAAGGAAAAUGGUACUUCCUUGCAUAAAAUUAGUAAUAAUUGAAGUUUUAAAACUAGGACUUUUUAUUUUUUUGCUGUUACGAUGAUAUACUAAGCCUUACUAAUACAGCUUUUGCAUAUAUGAACCACAGUAUAUAUUUUUUUAGGUUGACAAUUUCUUUUUCAGGUCUUCGAACGUGCCUAAAGUAAAUCAAAUAAUGUAAAUAUUUCAGAAAACUAGAUUAUUCUAAAACAAUCCUAUCGAAAUUAUUAAUCUGAAGAUUGACUGCGAAUUCCGGGGAAUAACGUCACCUUGAAAUUAUUAUUGGUCAUAUUUGUCAAAAUCUGUAUUAUAUUGUUUUUAUUGUUUUUUAAAAACGAUAACCCUAUUUUAGCAAAAAUUUACAUAAAUUUUGAGAGCUUACACUUUUGUAAUUAUUGUAAUUUUUUAUUUAUUUCAUAGAGUUUUUAUACCGAGUAGAUAAAUUAAUCUAGAGUAGAGUUUUAAUAUAUACCCAAGAGUAUUAUUUUUAUUAUUUAUAUUUGUGUCUUUUUGACUUAAUGAGUUUUAUCGUACUUGUGAUAUUGUUUUAUA